AUGAGUGACAACAAUAGCUUCGAAAUUCCUUUUGAUUUGGGCGCCUCUUGUCUUGCUAGUUUCGAUGAGCACGACGAAAAUGAUGCCAGCAACCUCGAUGCCAAUCAACAUGAUGAUAGAGAUGCACCUACCGCACCUUCACCCAUUACAAUCUAUGACAGCGACGAUUCUGCAACUGAUGGUGGGAAACCUUCUUCGUCUGUUAAUCCUCUCAUCCUCUUCGGCCGUAAAGAAUUGCAAACAUGUAAGCAAACUAAAGGCAAUGGUGGGAUCGAAGCUGAUGAUGGUGCUUGUACUUCUAAAGUUCGUCCACAAACCACUGAAGGAGUGGUAGAAGAUGAAGAUCAAGUCAUGGAGCCAGUGGAGCCAAAUCAAGAGCCCGUGGAGCCAAAUCAAGAGCCACAAGAGCAAGGCGGGACACGUGAAGCUGUGGUUUACAGGUUGGACGAUGAAAAUAGAACGCUCAUGGCACCAGCAGAAAGGUUUUCAUUCGCCAUGCGUAUGAUGAAGCUACGUGAAGAACGCCUAUUGCAUGCAUUGUUUCAAGUCAUCAUGCAUGGACACAAUCCUGUAUCUCCACACCCUCUGGUAGCCGAAGUACUUGACGACAUCUAUUACUUUAACGAUCUUGGUUUUUAUGAGCGAUACGGUAAUUUAAGCCAAGAAAUCAGAAGGAAUAGAUUGGAUCUUGAAGAUAUACGCCAACGGCAAGAGCGAUACACGAGAGAUAUCAGCGAUACUAGAAGGGGCGAAGACUUGGACGAGUUCGCUGGGCUUGACUGGCUUGAUCGAUAA